AGCGGAGACUUAACCGGCCGGAUGCGUGCCGGGGGCCGCGGGACCGGUGCUGGCCGUGGAAGAGCCAGUGAUUGUCCCGCCCGCGCCCGCGCGUACGCAGAUGGAGCGGGACGGGGGGCUCUCGGCGCGCCGUAGAGGGGCUGUGUUGGCUUCUUCGAUGGUAGGGAAGAAUCUUCCUUUCGAGGAGGCCUGCCCUCGACAUGCUCACUUUCUGAGAGAUAAACUGCCUGUACACAGUGCCUUAUAAUUUGCUUUUCCAUUCCUUAUCGCUUGCAAUCUUUAUUAUUCUCUUUUUAUACCCAAGGUAAGGAGGGGGAGGUUGUGAUUUAAUUCAGCUCACCCAGUAGACUCAGACUGCUGGAGAGACCUCCCCCAACCCCUCACCGUUUCUGGUCCGGAAAGGUAGGACUUACCUACCGCUGCAUCUUCCAAAAUUAAUAUAUUUAACAGUGAAGAGGAAUUGCGAAGUUUGGGAAAUGCAGGAACUGAGGCUUGAGAAUGGGAAAGAUGAGGCUGGUUUGGAGAACCGAAGUUUUCAGGUCAGGGUCAGAUCAUUUGUGAAAUCAUUGAGGAAUGUUUCGAAACUGUCCUCUAGGCUAGGCCAGUUAAUUUACUUGAAUUGACGUUUGCUACCACUACAGAGGCCGGGGGCUACCAAGAAGUAAAAGCCAAUCCCUGCCCUGCAAAAGUUUGUUUGGUUUAAUUUGUAUUUGCAAAUCCUCCAGUCAUCGAAUGAGUUAGUACUGUGCUAGGCGAAUAAAGCGCAUGUGCAGCCCAGCCCUGGUGAGGCUUACAGACUGGUUGGGGAGACAGACAUGAGAAUGGGCCAAUAGACAUGUAAAUAAAUAAGGAAGGGUGUCUACACGGAACUAAAGGACUACAAGAGAAGUGCCCAGACAAGCAUAUCACAGUGAACCAGAAGCCCCCAGUAGACAAAGAGAUGAUCUGUUGAGAAGACUAUUUAUUCUUCCUCUUGAGUGAUCUUUUGGCCGCACUUGGCACUGUCACGUCUCCUUCAUUCUGAAGUUCUCUCCAUGCUUUGAGUUUUCCCUCCUCCACCUCUUGCUACUUUCCUUCUGUUUUGCAGGGGUCGCAUCAUCUGCCCCUUUGGUGACCCUGGGAGUUCCAUCACGAGCCCCUUCUCACUCCACACAUUCUGCCUUGCUGGUUGCACCCUCUCCCAAGGCCUGAAGAACUCACUAUAUGUGAUGACCAGAUCUCUGCAGCCCAGAUUUCUCUCUGAGGCUUAGACCCAGGUGCCCCCAACCCUGCCCCUUCUCUCCUUUCGGGGUCUUUGCUCACACUACUUACUCUGGUUAAAUGCUCCCUCCCUCAACCAGCUCAGCUCAUCUGUCUGGCCCAUCUUCCUCUGCCCUCAAAACUGCAGCAGGCUCCAGGUCCCAGUUUAGCUGUCUCUCCCAUAUGCCCCUCAUCUUAACUCUUCUCACCCCACAGUAAUGAUCUGCUUCUUGGCCUCUCUCUCAUCCAGGAACUUGUAAACUCCUUGAGGUCAGAGACUGUCUUUCUGUCACACUUGUGCCUGCCUCCUACCGUGGUGUCUGAUGGUACCUAGCAUAUAUUAGAUUUUCAAUAAAGAUUAAAUGAGUGAAUAAAUGAAGGAAUGCUUAACAGUGUUCAGUGUUGCUGAGAAGUCAACCUGAGGUAAGCACCAAAAAAUACUGGCAUUAGGUACAAGGAGGUCAUCUGUUAACUCUGCAGGAUCAGUUUCAGCUGAGAGCGAUGAUACAGAAACAGACUGGAACAAGCGGGAGGUGAAAGUAGGAAGAGCAAGGCCUGGAAAAGGUGGAAAACGGGGGGCGAUUGAGUGGAGUGGGGUGAAGUUUUGUGUUUCUGCUUUUUCUAUAUGGUGGGAAAUUCCUGAGCGCGUCUAAAGUUUCAUGGGACAGAGCUGUCAAGAGGGAGAGUGGAGGAUGCAGAAGACUGGAGCACUGAUGACGUGAGGUCUUAGAGGAAGCAGAGGGAGAUAGGAUUUGAGCACGAGCCCAGAUGCCCAUCCAGCCUCCAAGCAAAGACACAGAGGAGAUGGAAGCAGAGGGCGACUCAGCCGCCGAGAUGAAUGGGGAGGAGGAAGAGAGCGAGGAGGAACGGAGCGGCAGCCAGACCGAGUCCGAGGAGGAGAGCUCAGAGAUGGACGAUGAGGGCUACGAGCGCCGCCGCAGCGAGUGCGUCAGUGAAAUGCUGGACCUGGAGAAGCAGUUCUCGGAGCUGAAGGAGAAGUUGUUCAGGGAACGGCUGAGUCAGCUGCGGGUGCGGCUGGAGGAGGUGGGAGCUGAGAGGGCGCCCGAAUACACAGAGCCUCUCGGGGGGCUGCAGCGGAGCCUCAAGAUCCGCGUUCAGGUGGCAGGGAUUUACAAGGGCUUCUGUCUGGACGUGAUCAGGAACAAGUACGAGUGUGAGCUGCAGGGAGCCAAGCAGCACCUGGAGAGUGAGAAGCUGCUGCUCUACGACACCCUGCAGGGGGAGCUGCAGGAGCGGAUCCAGAGGCUGGAGGAGGACCGCCAGAGCCUGGACAUCAGCUCUGAGUGGUGGGAUGACAAACUGCACGCCAGAGGCAGCUCGAAGACCUGGGGCUCCGUGCCGCCCAGCAAGAGGAAGAAGGCCCCUCUUGUUUCCGGCCCUUACAUCGUGUACAUGCUGCAGGAGAUCGACAUCCUGGAGGACUGGACAGCCAUCAAAAAGGCAAGAGCAGCCGUGUCCCCUCAGAAGAGAAAAUCAGAUGCCCAGCCUCCAGGAAAGGAGCCCAGAGGGAGGCAGGGACUGUGUCAGAUCAGUGACCUGAGAGAGUCAGGACGGUCUGGGUGUGAGGGCAUUGUGGGAGCUACGGUGGGGGACCUUGACCCUGCUGUUCACAGCCAGGGGGCCCUUGGAGCAGCUGGCAGCAAACCCAGCAUUUGAACGUACCUGCUGCAGAAAGGCAGACUGACAGGCCCCUCAGCGUCUGCCCAGCCAGCCCUGCAGUGCUGCUGUGGCCCUCCCCUCUAGCCGCCACUGGUCUGGACUCCUCCUCUGCCCCUCCUCGGGGCCCUGUUCAACUGUGGCCUGGAGCUGCCUUAGCCAGGCAACACUGUCUCCUCCAUCCCCGGCCAGCCCACCACCUGCCCCCACCGAAGGUCAGCCUUCGCGGUGCCCUCCCUGAUGAAGAUGUGUCUCAUCUUAAGCCAAAGCAACAUCCUUUCUGCUGACCUUGGACCCGGCUCCCUAGUCACCGAGCCAGUGAGCUGGGUCCCACUUCACGGGAACUCUGGGCCAGAAAUGAUAUUUGGGGGACCUUUGUGUCCUGGCUGUUGUUGGAGGUGAGAAGGCAGGCUCCCCAGGUCUUCCUUCUCAAGGCGGUUCCUGGUGUCCGCCUCCCAGAUUUCAGGGACUGGAAUUAAAACCUUUUCUGGGA